AAUGGCCUUAUCCUUCGUCUAUGCGGCAGUUAUGGACAUGUUAAUGGCAUCUGCGGAAUUAAGACUUAAUAAGGAGUUUUUAAAAAGGCUAGUUACAAUUCGGAGUGACUAUGUAUUAUGUUUAUUAUUGGAUGGUCCUGGAUUUCUUUUUAUUUCAAUGACCGCCAGUAUUUUUACCUUGACUGCUAUUGCCUUUGAAAAAUACGUAGCAAUUUUCCAUCCUCUUCGUUAUCCGGCUCUUAUUACCAGAAAUCGAUCUAUAAUAGCUAUUCUGAUUAUAUGGUUCAUUUCUGUUAUGAUUGGACUACUACCUUUAAUGGGAUGGAACAGGUUUGACGGAGUGUGUCUAUUCGUUGAGAAAAUUUCUUACUCAUACCUGGUUUCUUGGGGUGCAUUAGGCCUAGCAGCAAUGCUGUUAACCUUAGUUCUAUAUGCUAGAAUGUUUCUAGUGGCUAGGAAACAUUCGAAAAGUGUUCAUCCAACUGUAAACUUUAGAAAGGAGACUCGACCGUCUUUGAUUAGCCAUAGAACUUGUCCUGAUUUAAAAAAGUUAAUAAUGAUUAACGAAGAUAGCGGACUAGGUACUUCAAAGGAACAGUCUGAAACUUGCUUUACAACUUUGAAUAAUGUAUCAGAAUCAAAAAGAGAUAAUAGAAAGAGAAAAAAUGGUAUUUCAAAAUUGAAUUUUGUCGAAACAAUAACUAGAGUAGAAUCGAUAAAGAAACAUACAUCGGUUGGACUACCAGUUCCAAAUGCAAUUGGAACAGCCAGUAUGGUAGAACUUCCUGUUUUAUGGCGAAAAGAAAGAAAAAGAGCAAGACAAACAAGUAAAUUAUCGAUAUUUAUUACAGAAAAGAUACAGGAAAUAGCUCCACCAAUAAAGGCCAUAAAAACAAUUGCUGUAAUUUUAGGAGCAUUUUAUAUUUGUUGGUUACCCCUCGUGAUAUACUUGCUAACCAAUCCAAGAAGGUAUACCAACUUUUCCAUAUUUUGUUUAGCAUUAUUAGCUUUGUGUAAUUCUCUAUUUAACCCUUUGGUCUAUGGAUUUAGAGAAAGGAAAUUAAGGAAGAAAGUACUAAGCUUUUUCUAUUGCAGAAAGAAAGAUUGUUAA